UGGUAAAAUCCAAUAACAUUUACUGUCUGACAAAUUAAAAACGGUUUUUAGAAACCAUAUUAGAUCAAGAAAAAACUAUUACACUCACAUUAGGAAAAGAAGAAACCUGGAAUUCAAAGGCAAAUUAUGAAUUUAACAUACUACUCCGAGUCGGAUAAACAACUUUUUAAGGAUCUACAAUCGACAAGUGUUUUACUAAUUGUGGUAGAAAUCUUCUUCUAUCUUUCGGUGAUGGUUGUUGGAGGAGUCGGCAACUCAGCAGUGAUUUGGAUAGUUUACAAGAAACGUCAGAUUAGGAACUCUACGUACUUUCUCAUCGGCUCACUUGCUUUUUCAGACGUGCUCUUGUUCCUGAGUGCUGGCUGGGAAUCUAUUGUUGUUCUCGUUGAACGAAGAUGGGUACUUGGGCAUUUUAUUUGUCAAUUCCAAGGCUAUUCUGUACUAAGCUUAGCAUGCGCCUCUCUCCUCACAAUGGCUCUGACAGCACUCAAUCGAUAYUUUAAAGUUGUUCGACCCAACAACUAUGAAAAGUGUUUCUCACCRUCACGAACGAAGAUAUUGAUUAUAUCUACAUGGGUGRUGGCUUAUAUUGAGCCUUUACCGUACGUACUGUCUGGCAAAAUCUACAUUUUUCAUCCWGGGAAGUUAUUCUGCUUCCAAGAAAAACAAUUUUCAGUGACAACUUUUCUUCCAUUUGUAUUCAUCAGUGUUCCAAUGGUUGUGAUCUCUAACUGUUACWKUUUGAUUUUCAAGAAACUUAGAAAGCAUCGAAAYAACAUYAAACAAUUGAAAGAAGGAGACGGUUGUUCGACUAGGGCGAGCAUUGAAGAUAUCAAAGCAACGCGAACUCUCUUUUUAACUGUAGUUGGAUUCAUGAUAUGUUGGGCACCCAUUUCAAYCAUCGACAUCAUCAACUUCGUUUCGGGAGAUUCGGRAAUGCCUCGGCAAGUCUACGUAAUGUACACUUUCCUCGGCAAUGUGUCGGCUAUGAUCAAUCCGAUCAUAUAUGGGGUUAUGAAUAGAGGGUUUAGGAAAGAAUACAGAAACCUUAUAGGCUGUAAAAGGAGAAGAAGGAAGAUUAUUGUGAUGCCUUUCAAAGGUACGCAAAUUAAAGCGGCUCCGCGAAACGGCUGUGACUUUGAACUAAAUUGUAAAACAAAAAACUAAAUAGAAWCAAACAGCGUUAACCCUGGUAGAGUGAGAUCUGUAAACCCGUGAAAUGGAUAUUGCGCUAAUACASCUUAUCUAAUUAUACUGUUUUCUUUUGUGAUAUUUGACUAUCACACUUUAAUACGUAGUCUUGUUUUAUUUCACGGGUUUAAAGAGCUCGCUUUAAUUUGUGKGAAACAUAGCAAGCAGUACCAUUUAUAGUACUAAGCGAUAUCUGAGUAUUUUUWAUCAGACACCAUACACCUUAGAUAAAGAUUGAGGUUCUAUAAGUUUCCCUUUGAUAAUGGCAGUAAAAUAUAGUCAUUAUCAUUGAAGAACACUAAAAAACACUUUAUCACAAUCACAACUCAUGCAGUAUAUAUAAACCCGCGUAUAACAACCUGGAUUGUUUAUAUACUGGUUCUUAAAGAAAAUUUACGCAACCAAGUUUCUUAAAAAAAACUCUUUUAUAUGUUAAUAUGAAUUUCAUUAAAAUAUAUUAUGUUUAUUA